UGAUAGUGUUCUUAGUCAAUUCCAAAAGGCACAAUGCACGUCUACUAGUUCUGCUAGUUCUGUUAAUUCUAUUAGUUCUACUAGCUCUGCUAGUUCUACUAAUACACCCAUACCUGUUAUAUCAUCCCGGAAUGAUGGUGACAUUAAUGCCUGGAAACGUAAUGAUCAGCUCCUGCGUAGCAGACUUAAUCAGUCUCAAUUGGAGAUUUCACUUUUGGAAAAAUCUUUACAGAUGAAAGAUGAACAUGAAAAAAUGUAUCAACAAGCCCCAAAAAGCUAUUAUAUAAUCAGGAUUUAA